AUGAAACAAAGGCUGGCAGUCAGUGAGAGUAAGGUGGAGGUACUGGAGGCUGAGUAUGUUGCGGGUAGGAAGGAAAAUGCAGCACAAGAGGCAGAGUUGGCAGUGUUGAAGACCCGACUGGCAGCCACUGAGACUCAAGUAGAACAUCUGGAGAAGGAGAUCAAAGAGGCACCUAAGGUGGCGUUCUCAGCAGCUCUGACAAACUCAUGGUUCAUAGAGUCUGGUGAUAAUGACUUGAACUUGGUCUUCAGUAGAGUCAUCACUAAUGUGGGAGAAUCCUACAGCAGCACAUCUGGCUUCUUCACAGCUCCAGUCAGGGGGGUCUACUACUUCAGGUUCACUGUUAUGGAUAAACUGAGCUCACGCUACAUGGAUAUCAGGAUGCAUAAGAAUGGACAGCAGCUCAUGUGGCUGUAUGAGUAUGACACUGAUGGACAUGAGACCUAUCUGUCCAGUGGCCUGACUCUGCAGCUGGAGGAGGGAGAUGUAGUAAACAUGGUGCUACCAGCAGGCCGCAGGCUCUAUGAUAGUAUUAAUAAUCACAGCAUCUUCAGUGGAUUCCUGCUCUUCCCUCUCUGA